AUGUCAAGUGAUAGCAGCGACACCGCCCAGGGCACCAGAAGUGCAGGCACUCAGCAGGAGAAUGCGAGCGUACCUGGAGAGACCUGGGAAGCAUCGAGGCAGGAGCAAGGCAGCCAGGCUCACAACCCACCCCGCGUGUGUCGUUUGUGCGAGGUGUCCUUUACCUGUAUGGCAGACUUUCAGAAACACAUCGCCGACCACGCGAGAGGAAAAAAUUAUCUCUGCCGCGUGUGUGGUGCGUUGUUGAAGGAAAAUUACAACCUGAAGAGUCAUUACCACAAGCACACGGAAGAAAAGCCCGAUCAGUGUGGCGUGUGCGGCCGCAAAUUUUCUCGCAAGGGCCACCUCAAGACGCACAUGCUGUUGCACAUGGUCGAAAAGCCGUUUAAGUGCCGCCAUUGCACGGCUGCGUACACCCAGAAGCAAAAACUGGUCAGGCACAUCUCCAAGCACAUCACAUAA